AUGUUUCCCCUAGAAGGAGCGUCGGAGGUGUGCUAUGUACACGACAAGGAGUUUUGUAAGAUGUUCGUUCUAAAACCCGGGUUUGCCCUCCCGGACCAUAACGCCAUGUACACCGAGCCCGAAUGGAUGUUGAACGAGUUCCAAGAACUGAAAACGUUGCUGAACCGCACCAAACAGAAGUUGAACGAUUUUGAUCUGGAUUCGUGGCACGUGCACACGGGCAAAAUGAAUCCGGCGGGCCAAGUGGUAAACCACGUGAGGAGGCACGUGCGCCCAGACUUCCUAACACAGGCGUGGUGCAAGUUCUACGAGAUCGCGUGCAGUUCGAACCUGGUAUCUUUGGACGAGAUCCGCGAGGAAGGUGGUACAUCGUUCACCAGCGUGCAUCUGUGCGAGGCUCCAGGUGCGUUUAUCGCGGCGCUCAACCAUUUCCUAGCCAUCAACCACGAAGAGCUGCGGCUCGACUGGCUGGCGAUGACCUUGAAUCCGUACCACGAGUCUAACGGGCACCCGGACAUCGUGUCCGACGACCGGCUGAUGCUGCACACGCUCCCGAAUUGGGAAUUCGGUCCGGACUACACGGGUGACAUAUUCCAACCCGGGUACGCCGAACACCUGUACCGGACGGUGGUGGAGCGGUUCGGCGGAAAGGCUGCGUGGCUAGUGACGGCCGACGGGAGCAUUGACUGUUCGGAUGACCCCGGUGAACAGGAGACGGUCGUGUCCCGGCUACACGAUCACGAGACAAUGGUGGCGCUCAGCGUGCUCCGGGAUAAUGGAUCGCUGGUGCUCAAGGCGUUCACUAUGUUUGAGUGCAACACCAUCUGCCGGAUGUUCCUACUGUGCUGCUUGUUCCGAUCGGUAGUGCUCAGGAAACCGGCGACCAGCAAGCCCGGCAACUCGGAGGUGUACGUGGUGUGCAAGGGUUACAGGGGCCGGUCGGUGGCCAUGCCCUACGUGCAGGCGUACUACUCGAACGACCGACAGUCGGACCCGAGAGGCGCCUCCAUGUUUCCUCUGUCGCUGGUACCGGUCGAGUUCAGGCAGCGACUACUCGAGUGUGCCGAGCACUUUGCGCACUUGCAGAUGCACACCAUCAAUGCCAACGUGGACGGGUUGCCGCGCAGGGAGGCGCUCUACCGUGAGAUGAAAUCGGUACAGGCGUCCAUGUGCCAGGAGUUCAUGUCCAGGCUCGGUCUGCGGUCGAUUCCGUACACCCAGGAGCUGACAUUCUUGUCAGUAAACAACUUCAGCCACAAGCACAACUGGGAGUUGUUACGAAUUGGCCGCAAGUCACGUGGUAUGUCGUUCACGGAGAAGUCUCGCAUACGGCACAUGGACGCGGGGCAGGAGGCGCUCGUACUGUAUCGGGAGGUGUACCGGUGCCACGAUUUGAGGAUGGCAACACGGGACAUGGCGAGCGACGUGGUCUGGUACAGUCACACGGACCUCAUAUACCGGCUACCAGAUGUAGCGUUCCGCAUGGGCAAACCGGUGACCGUGGUCAAGAAUUCCAAGUUUUGCAGCGAGGCGCUGAUGUACUACAGGCACCGAGUGUUGUCCAGGUUUCCCCGGGUCCGUGACGGCGUCGCAGUGGACGCCGAAUGCCGGCUGUCGCACUACCGCGUGAAGCUCGACCGUCCACGCGCUGUCGUUUGUGAUCUGACGGACUUUUGUGACGAACACGCCUCCGACCACACCGCCCUACAGCACCGGUGCCUGGCGGCCAUCGUGGACGCGUUGCAGAACCUUUCGGACGGUGACGAUCUGAUCAUCAUCGGCUAUCUGCUGUAUACGCAGUUAUCAGUUGCCAACGUAUACGCCGUGGCCAAGAUGUUCAAUAUGUACGGCUUGGUAAGGCCCGACCCACGGUACGGCCACGCGUUCGUGUUCCUCGAGUUCAGCAGUGUUCAUCACGGAGACUGGCUGUCCGUGUUGGUGAAUGUCGUCCGGUACCUGGUGCCCAGCGAUCAUGGCAACAUGGCGCUCAUCUCGUGGAUGCCCUUCAAGGUGCUGAUCGAGCAAGAGGUUUACGGAGACAUCGUGGCUGUCAACAACUUGUGCAUCGUACACGAGAUCGACCCCAUUUUGCUUUUGGCUUCGAGCGCGGUGGCUUCCUGCUCCUAA